UCGACAGACACAGAAGGUCUUGUUGUUUUGAUGAAAGCAGAUCGGUUUUAGGAGGUUAUCAAUAACUAGCAGGAAAUAUACUCCGUUUAAUUAAAUCUCAACAAACUAAGUCGCUUUUGGCUGCUUUUCCGAUCGAGUCGCUGAGAAAAGAGCGACUUGAUCCCCCCUCGAUACAGGUCGUUUUGGAAAAUCAGGUCGAAAGGGAUGCCGCUGCAGAUAGACUCCGACGGACGCCAACAGUCUCUGGAUUUAAUCUCAUCGCAUCUAAUCGGGAAAAGCAGCUUCUCUAUAAACUUAAAGGGCCUCAGAACAUCUCCCGCUCGACCGAGUGCUUCUGUAAGAUACAUGAGCUCAAGUUUACGGUGUUAGUUUCGCUGUGAGGCGUAAAUAUUCGAGCUAGCAGCUAUCGGUAGCUGGAGGAAAAAACAAAGCGCGGAUCAUUAAUCCUUGGUAACCGAUUUGAUCAAAGAGACCGCUUUCUAACGGUUCGCUGUUCUGGGAUUAACCCGCUUCUACCUGCCUGCAAGGAGGAUUACUGGUCGACGACCAUGAAGCUGUUGGAAAACUCCAGCUUUGAAGCCCUCAGCUCCCGGCUGUGUGUUGAAACCGGGGAGUCACGCAUCCUUGGCAGGAUUGAAAGCUACUCCUGCAAAAUGGCAGGAGAUGAUAAACACAUGUUUAAGCAGUUCUGCCAGGAGGGGGAGCCACACGUUCUGGAGGCUCUUUCCCCCCCUCAGUCCGGCAGCGCCACCAGCCCCUCGCAGCUGGGGAAGAGCAGUGAGGACGGGGAAAACCCCCUGAGCGAUAAGGUCUGCAGGAAGACUCUGUUCUACCUCAUCACCACGCUCAACGAGUCCUUCAGGCCGGACUAUGACUUCAGCGCCGCUCGGGCCCACGAGUUUAGCCGAGAGCCCAGCCUUAACUGGGUGGUGAAUGCUGUGAACAGCAGCCUUUUCUCAUCUGUGGGAGAAGAAUUCAACUCCGUGGGACCCGAGCUCUGGAACGCCAUCGACCAUGAGAUCACUCUCCAGAGCUGUGACAUUUACAGCUACAACCCAGAUCUGGACUCGGAUCCUUUUGGUGAAGAGGGAAGCCUCUGGUCCUUCAACUACUUCUUUUAUAACAAAAAACUGAAGAGGAUUGUGUUCUUCACCUGUCGUUCUGUCAGCGUUCUGAGUGGCUAUGGCAGAGGAAGCCUGGACAAUGAGCUGGACAUGGAGCUGGAGGAGGAGAUGGACGGCUUCACAGAGGAAGGGUGCCCCAGAGCUCUGUGUGUGUAGACCCUGGAUAUGCAUCAUCCAAAAAAAGCAUCCAUACCUUUGGUCCUUGUCGCUUUCUUUUAAAACCCGUUGGAGUAUUGCUUCCUCAUCUGAUGCAUCUUUGCUCACUUCGUCAUCUGGCAAACUAUGUGACCGAGACGGAUGUUUUGUUUUCCUACUGUGACAAGUUUAUCAGCAUUAUCGUUUUUUGACCCAUUGGCUCCUCUCUGUGUUUUUCCAAAGAGACUUUGUCAUUGAGACUUUUGCAGAAGUGGAUUUACGGCAGAGAAAGAUGAAAAAGACUGCCAGAAAUUGGUUUGUUACCAAUGUUGGGGGGGAAAAGUCCAGAUAAACCAGUGACAAGACAUUGGGAGUCCUUAUUUGGACAUAGCUGAGAUGAUGGAAAUUCAUAAAGACUGAAAUAAGAGCCGACUUUGUGUCCUUAAUGUCUUUUUAUGUGUGAAAGUGAUGUUACUGUGAAAUGUUUCUUUUGAGAAAAAAAGGCCCUUUUUAUUACAGAACUUAUUUUAUAGUAGCUAAUAACCGCAAGUACUCUGUUUCCAUGUUGGCUCCAGCUUGGUGAAAAAUAAGCUUUUAUUAGAAAUUCACUGUAUACACGUGUUUUAAAAUGUUUUAUUUUCCUAGCUCCAUUCCUCAACAUUUGUUCCUGCUGUUUUAGUUUUUGCUAAUCACCUUGUUGCAGUGCUUCUUUAAAACAUUGAAUGUUUAGACUCCUAGAAGCUGCAAGGCUACUUUUAUGUUCAUUAAAAAAUGUAAUGGG